AAAUUAACACCUGCAACUCAAACAGAUUUCUUGGAGAUGUGACGAGGGAAGGAUGAUUCUCAAAAUGCAUUCCUUUGGGUGAACGUUAGUAGCAUGGACAACAAAAUUAAAAUCACACUUUGUACUUUGAAUUUCCUUUGGCUCGUAUAUGGGUCGGUGACUUCAUCAGAGAACUGUAUGGACGCUCUGGGUCUUCAGUCUUAUGCUAUCCAUGACAACCAUUUGACAACUUCCUCUUCGCUGGAGCCGAAUACAACCUUUGGGCCAAGCAAUGCGCGGCUUCACCAUGCGCAUGCGUGGUGUACGAGUGAUGCUGACCCCUUCCUAAAGAUAGACAUUGGUCGUGUCGCAAUUAUUCAAGCAAUAUCGACCUCAGGGGACCCCGGUGAGAAUGGUUUUGUCAAGUCGUACAGACUGGCUAUUGGAAUCAAUGAGGAUAACUUGCUUUAUCUUGUAAAGACAGGAGCAGUCGUUUAUUUUCCAGGCAACACAAAUGGCGGUGAGGUGGUGAAGAACCUCCUGGAGCCGCCGACCGCUGGACAGCAUAUGAAGAUCGAACCGGUCACGUGGUACAAUAUGCCGUGUUUGAGGCUCGAACUCUACGGAUGUGAACCAGAUCCGUUUAAUGCGCUUGGCCUACACGAUGGAAGGAUUCCCGACUCAUCAAUCACAGCCUCGACCGUCUGUUGCAAUAUACCUGCCUCAAGAGCACGUCUGAAUCGUUUAGAUUAUAUGGAUGAUCAGUUCUGGGGCGCAAAUAUCUUGGAUACAAACCAGUGGCUUCAAAUUGACCUUCAACGGCGGCAAGUCCUGUCAGCGGUUGCAACUCAAGGCCGUAUUAAUACAAUUCAAUUCACGACAAUGUACUACUUGGCUCAUGGUAUGAACAGCGCAGUGUGGAGCCUAUAUCCAAGCGACUCCUCACCUAAACCUUUAGGCAAUGCACAUUGGAACAUCGUGGCGAAUCAUAUCCUUUCGCCGCCUGUUUAUGCUCGUUUUUUGCGCUUCCUUCCACAAACAUACCGGGAUCAUAUUGUACUACGGGUGGAGCUAUUCACGUUUGGUAUGGCGUCUGUCGGAGAACUGACUAAGUUCCUACCCUCGUCGUCCUUCACGGCUUCCAGCGCUUACAACUCAUUAGAUGUCCCAAGAAAUGGUCAACUUCACUCAAACUAUGGGAGUGGAGGCUGGUGCCCUAGUGUACCAGGAGCCACCAGCUGGUGGGGUGUUGAUCUAGGUCACGUGAUGGUUGUCAUGGGAAUUGUCAUACACCGCAGGGAUGCCAACAAAGAGUUUGUCAAAACUCUCAAUUUGGAGUACAGUACUGAUGGCAGCCAGUGGAAGUUUUUGAGCGAGGAUGGAGGCUCGACACCUAAGGUCAUUGAAGCACUACAGUCUACAGGGGAAAUAGAAGUGACCAUAAUGUUGAGCAAAGUGAUGAAGGCUCGUCACGUCAAGAUACACCCCAAGACAGGGCCAUUAAAUCAAAAUUGGUGCAUGCAGGCUGGAAUUAUAGGUCUACAGAAGGCUGUUCAUUGCCAGGAGGGUUGGAGGUCAUUCCGUAAUCACUGUUAUCUAGCCUUCGUAGACACUGCGAGGGUUACUCAUGAUCAAGCGACUCAGGCGUGUGCAGAACUUGAAAGUCAACUGGUUGAUAUAAGAGACGAAAUUGAACGUGAAUUCUUAACUGGUCUUAUGAGCGCUAAUAAAGGCUACUACAUCGGUUUGCGCUACUUCGAUGGUGCGUGGAGAUAUCCUAGCGGGGAAGGCGCAUCCUUUUUCCUAUGGACUAGCAUCUACAACUCGGAUACUGGCACAUACCCGUGCGUAUAUCUUAGUGCCAGUGGAUUUUCAAAUGAAGAGUGCAGCAGGACUAGACCUGGUUAUAUUUGCAAGAAACUAACCACAGGUUACCAUGGUACGCCGAUGAUAUAUCCAAAACCAAAAGACGUCAUUGCUUAUGAAAAUGAAGACGUUAAACUCAGUUGCCAAGCAACUGGAGACACGCCUUUCCAUAUUGCUUGGCUGCGCGGUGACGUCAUUCUGCAAAACCGAUCUAGCGACACAGAUCUCGUGCUUUCUGCGGUGAAAGCGAAUGACAGUGGCAUAUACACAUGUUGCACUACGAACUCGCUCGGCUCUGAUUCCAAGUCACUCGUUUUGCUGGUCAAACAAUCCCUUGAGGCAUGCAUAAGCCACGUGAAUAUCGAUGACGACAACCGAAAAACGUCAAUUAUCACAGUCACUCCACAAUACGACACCAGCCUCAACGAGCAAAACUGGUAUGCAUUUACUGGUACAACCGGUCGAUAUCGGAUGCCAACGUCAUGCGUUCCGCUAAAUCGAUGCAACACAGAGAAUCCCGGAUGGCUGGACGGCGACUACCCCACCAUGGCCGAGGGAGUGGUCAAGAGAAAAGUCUGCUUUGCUUCCUCUUCCGGGUGUUGCAGCAACAGUGUUAGCGUGUUUAUCCGCCGUUGCUAUGGUUACUUCGUCUAUAAGCUGAAGUCACUUCCGGCUGAUUUGAAGGCUAGGUAUUGCGCAAAUGGAUACGAUGUUGACGAUCCAGUUAAAGUUUUCAGCGAGUCAAACCAUUUGUCUUCUCGGGCUUUAAAGGGUCACGUGUUCUAUAGAACAUACAAUGCAGAGGACAGCUUGGAAUGCAUGCGCCACUGUACCCACGACCAGCGGUGUCUAUCGUAUAAUUACAAUCCAGUGCUGAGAGUCUGUGAAAUGAACAAUGCGACAUCUGGCGAAUUUCCGGCCGAUUUGAUUUCACGAAAAGACUUUGAUUUUUACGAAAGUGUUAAACUGAUAAGUAGCAAAGAUAUUCCGUAUUUUUGAAUUUUUUUUUUUUUUUUUUUUUUUUGCAUUUCCGCAUUUGCACUGACUGCAUGCUUUCUUUACCGCGGUUCUGGGAGGGCCUGUGAGUGGGAAUAAACAUUCAUAUAAGCAGCUAGAGCAGCGGCUUAAUUUAAUUUACCAUGAUAUUUAAUUUCCCUAAUUUUUAGAUAUUUUAUUGCAUUUUACAUUUAGUAAAAUUCAUUGAUUUACUCUGUACUUUAACAAUGAAUAAAAAAAAACAUUUCCACACA